ACCUACCCUCUCUUCCAUAUGACAGCCCUUCAGAGACUUGAAGACAGUGUGUGACUCUCCUGUGAGCUAAGAGCACUGGCUGAGUCAGACAGACUCGAGUGACAAGCCCAGCUUCACUCCCUCUCAGCUGGAAGAGCCAAGAUUUCAUUGAUUUGUGGGGUUUCAUCAGGGCCCCUGAUGUCAACACAUUAGAGUCUCCAUCCGGAUACCCUGCUGUGUAGCCAUGGCAGAUAUGUCAAUACCAUUACAUUCAUUACGUUUCAACAAUAUGAUGAGGGAGGAAAAUAGUGACUCCCAAAACAGGGGGGCAACUUUCUCCAGACCAAUGACAGAGACCAGAGCAGAGGUUCAAAUCCUGCAUUCUCAGUUGCAGUUGCCUAUAGUCUCUUCUUCAGCCACAGAUCCCAGAGGGACAUCUAUGCAGCUGAUGACAUCCCCAGGCUUUGAUAGUCUGUCUACACCUCUCAUGGGAGCACCACACUCUGACACAUUGUCCCCACCGCUGAUGUCAGCCUCAGACACCGGGACACUGUCUCCACUGGUAAUGCCAACCUCAGAUUCAGGAACUCUGUCUCCACUUCUAAUGCCAGUUACAGACUCUGGAGCACUGUCUCCACUGCUAAUGCCAACCUCAGAUUCUGGAACAUUGUCCCCAUUGUUGUCUACUUCAGACUAUGGGUUAAUGUCCCCAGGGAUGAUGACAAUUCCUGACUUUGGGACAAUGUCCACAGAACUAAUGGCAGCACCAGAUUCUGCAGAAGUAUCACCACUGGCAAUGCCAGUUCCAUCCUCUGGAGUAAUAUCUGCACCUAUAAUGAGUACUUCAUCCUCUGAGGCAUCGUUAGUGCUAGGAUCAGAUCCUGAUGAGAUAUCCGCACUUCCAGAUGUGAACCCUGGGGUGAUAUCCAUAGAUCCAGGCUCUGAAGCAAUGUCCCCAUUGCAAAUUACAGAUGAGGACACAGAAGCAAUGUCCAAAGUGCUAAUGACUGCUCUAGCUUCUGGAGAGAUAUCAUCACUGCUAAUGUCAGGCACAGACUCUGAAGUGAUAUCCUCUCUGAUAAUGUCAGCCCUAGCUUCUGGAGAAACAUCAACCCAGCCAACAAACUCUCAAGACUCUGAAGGAAUACCCACUAUGCUCAUGUCAGGCUCAGACUCUGGAGUCAUGUCUUCAGUAACUAUGCCAGUGUCAGGCUCUGGAGCAAAGUCCACAUCACUGCUGUCAAUUCCAGAUACUGGAGAAAUAUCCACAUUACCAAAGCUGGCCCCAGAUGCUGAGGCAAUGUCCCCACUGCUAAUGACAGCGCUCACCUCCACAGUCAUGCCUACUCCACUAAUGUCAGCAUGUAGUUCUGGAGUGAUGUCCCCAGAUAUAACACAACAUAUCAACUCUGAGAUUGUGUCUGCUCCACCAAUAAGAGUCCCCACUACUGGACUGAUGUCCACAGUGCCGGUGAGGGCUUCUGAUACAGGGGCAAUGCCCAUACAACUAGUGAGAGUCCCUGCCUCAGGAAAUACAUCUACAUCACAAAAGACAGUUCCUGUCUCUGGAUCAAUGUCCACUCCGCUGAUGCCUGCCACAAGCCCUGGAGCAAUGUGCAUGGAACAAAUGUCAACCACAGCCUCUGGUUCGAUAUCUACACAUUUAACAAUGGCCAAAACAUCUGGAUCAAUGCCCAUAGGCUUUAUGAAGGCCACAGCGAAUGGGGCAGUUUCUGCACAGCGAACGAGAGGUUCAGCUUUGGGGACAAUGUCCACACAUCCAGUUAUAGCUACAGCCUCUGAAAUAAUGUCUGUGUCACAAUCAACAGUCCCAGCUUCUGGGUCAGCGUCCAUACAGAAAGUUCGAGCUCCUGUCUCUGGACCAAUGUCCACAUCACAAACAAGAACCACAGCCUCAGGGUUGACAUCCACACCACAAAUGAGAGCCAAAGCCUCUGGAGCAAUGUCUACCCCACUAAUGACUGCUGAAACCUCUGGAUCAGCAUCCCCACUGUUAAUGAGAGACACAGCCUCAGGAGUGAUAUCCAUGCCACAGAUGAGAGCUCCAGGCUCUGGAGCAUUGUCCAAGCCACUAAUGACAUCCAAAGCUUCUGGAAUGUUCAUGCAGCAAAUGACAACUGCAGCUUCUGGAGCAAUGCCCACAUUACUAACGAGAGACACAGCUUCUGGAAUUCUGUCCAUGCCACAGAUGACUGAUCCAGCCUCAGGAGGCAUGUCCACACUGCUAAUGAGAGACACAGCUUCUGCAACAAUGUCUACAUCACAGAUGACAGCCACCACCUCUGGAGGCAUGUCAGUGCCUCUGACAAGAGUCCCAUGUCCUGGAGCAACAUCCAUAUCAUUAAUGAGAGCCACAACCUCUGAGAAGAUGCCUUGUCAGGCAAUAAACACUCAAGACUCUGGAAAAGUAUCUACAUCACUCAUGAGACCUGUUACCUUGGGAGAGAUACAGAUGAGAUCCCAGGGCUCUGGGACAAUGUCCACACCCCUACUAAGAGCCUCAGACUCUUCGAAGAUGUCUACAUUGCUCAUAAAAGCCCCACCUUCUGGAGAGCGUCCUCUGCUACUAAUGAGACCUCCAGCUUCUGGAGAGACAGUUCCACCUCCAAGAGUCCCAGUUUACGGGACAUUAUCAGCUCCACACAUGACAGCCACAGCCUCAGGAAUGAUGCCCAUACUACCUAUGAAGGUUUCAGUCCCUGCAUCAGAGCCCACACCAGUCCUGAGACCCACAGAUUCUGGAGUGAUAUCCAUUCCACUGACGAGGCCCCCAGUUUCGAGAGGAAAGUCCAUACCACAAAUGAUGGCCACAGCUUGUGGAGACAUGUGCCCACUCCCAGUGAGAGCUCCAGUGACUGCAGGGGUCUCUCCACCACCAGUCAGAGCAUCAGCCUCUUUGGCCAUGUCUACAACACUUAGGAGACCCUCUGAUGGAGCCGUGGCCACAGAAUUAGAGAGGGCUGUAGGCCCUGGAAUUAUGUCCACUGCACAAAUGGCAGCUAUGACCUCUGGAGAAAUGUUGAAGCCACUAAUGAGGGUUUCAGCCUCUGGAACCAUGCCCAUGCCUUUAGUGUCACCUAUGACUUCUGGAGAGAUGUCUAUGCCACUAAUGAAAACCAUGCCUUCCGGGACAAUGUCAACUCUACAAGCCAAAGUCAUGAGGUCUAGAGCUGCAUCCUUGACACAGCCAACAAUAACAACUUCUGAGGGACUAGCUAAUCCCCCACAGAGAGUUCCCGCCUCUGCAGCAGUGUCUACAUCACUUAUGAGAUCCUCAGGUUCAGGAAUGACGUCCAUACCACUACUGAGGGCUACGGCCUCAGGAGGGAUAUCCAUGCCUCAAAUGACAGCUCCAACCUCUGGAGAGAUGUCUACACCACUAAUGAGGGUGCUGGCACCUGGAACAAUGUCCAGACAACAAACUACCUUUGGAAUGACACCCACUCUGAAUAUCAAAGCCACAGACUUGGGAGAGGGAUCUACCUCUCACAUUAGAGUCACGGCCCCUGGAUCAAAGAGCACACCACACAUGCCUGGCACAACAUCUGAAAUAAAGAACCCACCACCAAAGGAAGUGCCAUCCUUUGGUAUGUUGACCCCAGCACUUUGUUACCUCUUAGAAGAGCAAGAAGCAGCACGGGGCUCAUCCUCUGUGGAGGAAGAUGCAGAGGAAAUUGAUGAAGAGAAACAAAUGAAGGGGUUUCUGGAUGAUUCUGAGAAAAUGGCAUUUCUGGUGUCUCUUCAUCUGGGGGCAGCAGAGAGGUGGUCUGUCUUGCAGAUGGAGUUAGGAAACCACCUCUCCAGUGAAAAUAAAUCUUUCUUGAGAAGAUCACAGGGUUUGUAUGACUCCUUGUCUGAGAUAGACAUCCUAAGUGCUGUUCUUUGUCAUCCUAAGCAGGGCCAGAAGUCAGUCAGGCAGUAUGCCACUGACUUCCUGCUGCUGGCCCGACACUUGUCUUGGUCUGAUGCCAUUCUACGGACCAGGUUUCUGGAAGGACUCUCAGAAGCUGUUACCACCAAAAUGGGCCGUAUCUUCCUGAAGGUGGCCGGCAGCCUAAAGGAGCUGAUAGACAGGUCUCUGUACACUGAGUGCCAGCUGGCUGGAGAGAAGGAUUCCUCAGGCAACUCAAACCAAGUUGUGCCAACAGCCUGUAAGAGGAACAAUGAGGAGGCCAUGGAGAAUGAACUGGACUCUCAGCAGCAGACUGAUGAGCACCAACAUGUUCCCAAACGCUGUUACUACUUGAAAGAACAUGGAGACCCCCAAGAAAGUCUUCAUGACCAUCUUCGACAGAGUGCAGGCCAUCCGAAGGUCCCCACCAAUAAGUAGUACUCCUUGGAAUCUUAUGUGAUUUCUGACUUGGCUGCUAACUGGAAGACCGGUUCCUGGACCCAUUUCAUUCAACUGCAUCAUAAACCUUGUUGCCUUUACCCUCCAGCCUUCCCCUCCAGGUGCAUUCCACUUUAUCUCCUUUUUGGUUGCCUUGACCUUUUCAUUCACCUACAUGCCUGUGACCUGCCCUGACAAUCAGUGUGGACUUUAAGAGUGUAUGGUGUAUGAGGCUUUGAACUUCCAUCAUUAUCAUCAUCAUCAUCAUCAAUAACAACAACAAUAUCAUCAUCAAGGCCAGUUCUAAUUCUUGGUCCAGGGAGAAGUCUAGGCAGGAGAAAUCACAUCCUACCUCAAAACACCUUAGAAUGUCUUGCCAUGUGUCAUCAGGCAAACUUGAGGAAACCCUGCUCCCAUUCCACCUGGCAGGGGAGCCUAUACACAGAGAGAUAUCCACCCCUAUACCAUCCUUUCAAAUCACGAGACUUGCCCUUAUAUGCCCCAAUUCAUAGUAUCUAAAUGGGUCUCCAAAACCUUUGCCCUGUUUAUAGUCUUGAUCUUGAACCAUUUAUUUUGACCCGUAAUAUUAAUAGUAGUGAUAGUAAUGGCUAACAAUUGUUGGUAAUGUGCCAUGUGACAAGUACUGGGCUAAAUCCUUGUCAAGCACCAUCUCCCUACAGUGAGCCUAACUUGCUCUUGUGUUGUUAGCUUCUGAUCUCUUGAUCUGUUGCUUAUGGUGUUUGUUCUUUGGUGUGGAAUCUCUAGCUAUGACCUCUGGGCGACCCCCUCAGUUGUUAAUUUCCCUUGCUCCCCUUGGCUUUUGUGCUUUAUGACUGGCACUCUUCAUAAGGGUCUUGGUGUCUAAACAGGUGUAGGUAGUUAGAACGUAAUAUGAUUAGUGUUUGCCUUCAGGUGGUGGGUUAUGGGUGUUUUUUUAUUUUCUUUUUACAGUUCUCUGUGCUUUCCAGAUU